ACAACAGCAGUGAGCUUCAUCCUCCACUAUAAAUACCACCUCCAACCCGGCUCUCUCAUUUUACUCACACCAAUACCAGUUCUCUCAUCAUCUUUCUUCUGCACUUCAGUUCUUUGAUCAAUUUCUAAGUUCUCAUAUCAUCAACAUGGGUGUGUUCACAUACGAAACCGAGUUCACCUCCGUCAUCCCACCACCAAGACUCUACAAGGCAUUUGUUCUCGAUGCUGACAACCUCAUCCCCAAGAUUGCCCCACAGGCAGUGAAGAGUGCCGAAAUCGUUCAAGGUGACGGAGGCGUCGGAACCAUCAAGAAGAUUCACCUCGGUGAAGGAAGCGAGUACAGCUACGUGAAACACCAGAUUGAUGGACUUGACAAAGACAACUAUGUUUACUACUACAGCAUCAUUGAAGGUGAUGCUAUCGGAGACAAGGUUGAGAAAAUCUCUUACGAGAUUAAGUUGGUGGCAUCUCCAAGUGGAGGCUCCAUCAUCAAGAGCACCAGCCACUACCAUUGCAAAGGAGAGGUUGAGAUCAAGGAAGAGCAUGUCAAGGCCGGAAAAGAAAGAGCCGCUGGCUUGUUCAAGAUCAUUGAGAACCACCUUUUGGCCAACCCUGAGGCAUACAAUUGAAGUUUAAAAGACUAAAAACUAUCUAAUAAAUUGUACCACGUACUGCAUGCAUUUCUUUUUCUCCUUUUCUUUUCUAAUUGUGUUGUAAUAUCUAUCUCAAUAAAAAUAAAAAAAGCAAAACUCAUUUGAUCGAGC